AUGGACAAUUAUAAGGACACCAAACAUGGUAUAGUAAAUCAUCAAAAUAAUUUAUAUUCAGAUGUGAAAUCAUUUAUAAAAUUAGAUUCAAAUGCUUCAUUUAUCGCCGGUGGUAUUGGUGGUGUUGUUAGUAGGACGAUAAUAUCUCCUAUAGAAAGAGCUAAAAUAUUAUUACAAUUACAAUCAGAAUCACAGGCUGCUUAUCGAGGGAUGGUACCUUCAAUUAUUAGAAUGUAUAAAGAAGAAGGUUGGAAAGGUUUAUUUCGAGGUAAUACAUUAAAUUGUAUUAGAAUAUUUCCAUAUAGUGCAGUUCAAUUUGCAGUAUUUGAAAAAUUUAAACAUAUAAUGUUGAAUUAUCGACCAAGAAUAGGAAAUGAAUUAAAUGGUUUUGAAAGGUUAAUAUCUGGUUCAAUUGCAGGUAUAGUUUCAGUUGUUGUAACAUAUCCAUUAGAUUUAAUAAGAGCUAGAAUAACUGUUCAAACUGCAUCAUUAAAGAAAUUGAAUAAAUUAGACAAACCAUUGAGUGUAUGGCAAACUAUAAAAGAAGUUUAUACUAAAGAAGGUGGUUUUUUUGCUUUAUAUAGAGGUUUGAUACCUACUACAUUAGGAGUUGCACCUUAUGUAGCUAUAAAUUUUGCAUUAUAUGAAAGAUUAAGAGAAUAUAUGAAUAAUAGUCCAAACGAUUUUUCAAAUCCAAUUUGGAAAUUAAGUGCUGGUGCGACAUCUUCAUUAAUUGCAGGUGUUAUAAUAUAUCCAUUAGAUUUAUUAAGAAAAAGAUUUCAAGUUGCCUCGAUGAAUGAUGGAGCAUUUGGUUUUAAAUAUAAAUCAACGAUGCAUGCAUUAGUUACAAUUUUUAAAAAUGAAGGCUUUUUUGGUGCUUAUAAAGGAUUAACUGCUAAUUUAUAUAAAAUAGUACCAUCAAUGGCAGUUAGUUGGUUAUGUUAUGAUACAAUGAAAGAAUGGAUAGAGCGGUGGUAA